AUGGAAAAUUUAGUUUGCUUGAAAAUAUAAGAGACUUACUCAAAAUAUAGAACACUAUAGAAAUUAGGAUCUGGAGGUUAAGGAGGUGUUUACCUCGCAGAAGAUCUUAGAGAUCCAGAGUAAAAAUUUGUUGCUCUUAAGUAACAAGAAUUAGAUGAAAUGGUAGGAAUGAUCAAAUCUUCACUUCUUAAACAGCAUUAAUGUCUCUAAUGCUAAUUAUGCACUCGCUGCAAACAUUGCCAAUAAUGUGAAUCUUGCACACAUCAUCCUUAAUCAAUACAUCAGGCUUAGUAAAAUAAAGAAUCUGCAAAUGAAGCAAAAGAAAUGUUAUCAAAAGAACUUCUUCGCUUUUUAAGAGAAAUUUCAUCAAUUUAGCUAAAGCAUCUCAAUAUUGUAGAAAUAUAUGACUCAUUUCUUUCAACUGACAACAAAUUCAUCAUUAUAAGUGAAUUAGCUGAGAUUGAUCUUUAGAAAUUCGUUGAAUAACGAAUCUAAUUGAAAGAUAUGUUAACCAGCCAAGAAAUCUCAAUAAUUUUUCUAUAGCUUUUAAAUGGUCUCGAAUAUAUCCAUGAUCAAGGCUUCAUUCAUAGAGAUAUUUCCCCAUAAAAUAUCCUUGUUUUCAAGGACCAAAUCAUCAAGAUAUGUGAUUUCGGAUUAGCAUCUUACAGUGAUAUUACGAAUGCAAAAGUUGGAAAAUAAGAUUAUAUAGCCCCUGAAGUCAACAAUAGUCAUUAAAAUUAUACAAAAUAAAUUGAUAUAUGGUCUCUUGGUAUUACACUAUAUUACCUUUGCACUGGAUCUACAUUAUAUGAAGGAAAAGCAGUAAAUAGUCUUGCUAGAGAUCAGAAAUAUAUUGAAUUACCUCAAGAGCAUUAACAAUUUUAAGCGAUAUUUGAUAAAAUGAUAUUGUUAGACCCCUAUAAAAGACCAACAACAACCGAGCUUAAAGAAGAUUUAAUGAAACUGAUAGAUGAAGACAGUGAAUUUUCCUAGAAUUAUCAUACAGCACUUUUAGGAAACUAAUUAAAUUAAUACAAAUUAAAGAUUUCAAAAUUAGAGGAAGAAUUUGAAAAACAACUAAAGAAAAAUUUUAAACAGGGACUGUAUAAAUACAAUUCAUCUUGGCAGGAGCCGUGGCUAGGUAUUUCAUAAGAAUUGGAUAAUUUCUAACUUUUAAUAAGAUCUCACAUGAAGGAAGAAGAGAAGAUAGACCCUCUUUCUCUAACAUUAACAAGUUCAAAAGUCUAGCAAUGGAAUAAUUUUGAUCUUUCUAAACACGAAUUUAAUCCAAAAAUCAAUAAAAAGUAUCAAGAAAUAACUAAAUCAGGGGAAUUUAAUAAAAUAUUAAAAGUAGGAGAUAAAUAUCAAACAGGUCAUUUAAACGGAAGAGAUUGCAGAAUAUUAGACUUAAAUCUAUAACUUGUCAAAAAAUUAGACUAAAUUGUCGGAUAAUUGCAUGAACAAAACGGCCAUGUGUUGCUUUGUUAUGAAAAAUCUAUUAGUAAAUUAAAGGAUCUAGAAAAUUAACAACCCAUAGUUUAAAAAGAUGUUUAUUAGAGUACAAAGCCUAUUUAUAAGAUAUUGAAAAUGAACGAUGACAUUUUUAUUACUGGACAGGUAAAUGGAUAUAUUGAAUUAUUUAGCUUCUCAAAUCAUCAAUUUAAGCAGACAUUCGAAAUAAAGGAUAAAAAAAGCAUCUGGGAAAUUUGUCUGAUUGAAAAUAUCUAAGACUAAUAUACAUUUGCAUUUAGUGGUUAAAGAUUUGGAAUUCUUAUAGUCAAAAUAAUAAUGAAGUCCAAAUAUGAUUUCGAAUUCUAGGAGGAUCCAAUUAAAUUAAUAGAUAACUUUUAUUGUUAUUCUAUGAUGAUAGUAAAGUAGAAUAUCAUUGGUGGUAUAUUUAGAAAAAAUCUAAUCUAAAGGUAUUUAAAGAUUUUAGAUGUAAAGUAUAAGGUUGAACUACAAUCAAUUGAUUUAAGCAAAGGAUCAUUUAUUUACCCAGUAUUGAAUUAUGACUUUACCACAUAUCCAUUUGCUUUUGUAAAAGAUGAACACAGUGUUUCGCUGAUUAAUAUGAGCAACUACUAAAUCGUUAAUGUCAUUAAAUCUAAUUGCAGUAGAUCGGAUAAUUAGCAACUGAUUUAAGAGAGAUCUUAAGAUAAUACAUUCAGAUUCAUUGAUAUUUAACUGUUUGAAAAAGACUAGAAAUAUCAAAAUGAAAUAAGAGAAAUAGAAAUCACAAUGCCUUGA